AGCACCCAACUCUACCUUGUGAGGCUCCCCAGCAUGGCUUCCGAGGAACUCUACGAGGUAGAGAGAAUUGUUGACAAGAGGAAAAACAAGAAAGGAAAAACAGAGUAUUUGGUGCGAUGGAAAGGAUACGACAGUGAAGACGAUACCUGGGAGCCAGAACAGCACCUUGUUAAUUGUGAGGAAUAUAUACAUGAGUUUAACAGACGCCACAAUGAAAAGCAGAAGGAAAGCACAUUAACCAGGACAAACAGGACCUCUCCAAAUAAUGCCAGAAAACAAAUUUCUAGAUCUACUAAUAGUUCUUUUUCAAAGACAUCUACUAAAUCUUUAGUUAUGGGUAAAGAUCAUGAGUCAAAAAAUAAUCAACUCUUUUCUGCCACCCAGAAGUUCCGGAAAAACAAUCCACCAUCCCUUUCUGGAAGGAAAAAUAUGGACCUUGCAAAAUCAGGUAUCAAAAUCCUAGUGCCCAAAAGUCCAAUUAAGAGCCGGACAACAGUUGAUGGUUUCCAGAAUGAAAGCCCAGAUAAAAUGGACCAUAUAGAGCAGGAUCAGGAAGACUCUGUAGCACCAGAAGUAGCAGCAGAAAAGCCGGUGGGAGCUUUAUUAGGACCUGGUGCAGAGCGUGCUAGGAUGGGGAGCCGACCAAGGAUACAUUCCUUAGUGCCACAAUUGCCCGUGCCAGUAACAGCCACCAUUGCAUCAGCAUUAACAAUAAAUGGAAAAGCAUCUCCCUGUAUUCUUCCCAGUGUUCUUUACUUCCUAAUUUCUUGUACAUCUACCUUUAUGGAAGCAUUAGCAGCCAAUGGUACCACCAACAUCCAGACAUCUGUAACAGGAGUGACAGCCAGCAAACGGAGAUUUAUUGACGACAGAAGAGACCAACCCUUUGAUAAGAGGCUACGCUUCAGUGUGAGGCAAACGGAGAGUGCCUACCGCUACAGAGACAUUGUUGUCAGGAAGCAGGAUGGAUUCACGCACAUUUUGCUAUCAACAAAAUCGUCUGAAAACAACUCACUAAAUCCAGAGGUAAUGAAGGAAGUCCAAAGUGCACUGAACACAGCAGCUGCAGAUGACAGUAAACUUGUGCUGUUCAGUGCGGUCGGGAGCAUUUUCUGCUGUGGUCUUGAUUUUAUUUAUUUUAUACGACGCUUAACAGACGACAGAAAAAAGGAAAGCACUAAGAUGGCUGAAGCUAUUAGGAAUUUUGUGAAUACUUUUAUUCAGUUUAAGAAGCCUAUCAUUGUAGCAGUAAACGGCCCAGCCAUUGGACUCGGAGCAUCUAUAUUGCCUCUGUGUGACGUGGUCUGGGCUAACGAGAAGGCUUGGUUUCAGACACCUUACACUACUUUUGGACAAAGUCCGGAUGGAUGUUCAUCACUUACAUUCCCCCGGAUAAUGGGCCUGGCUUCUGCCAAUGAAAUGUUGUUCAGUGGGAGGAAGUUGACGGCGCAGGAGGCUUGUGCCAAAGGACUCGUCUCUCAAGUGUUUUGGCCAGGAACAUUCACACAAGAAGUAAUGGUUCGAAUUAAGGAGCUUGUCACAUGUAAUUCAGUUGUACUUGAAGAAUCCAAAGCUUUAGUACGUAACAUCAUGAAGGUGGACUUGGAACAAGCAAAUGAAAAGGAGUGUGAAAUUUUGAAGAAGAUCUGGGGCUCAGCACAAGGGAUGGACUCGAUGUUAAAAUACCUGCAGAAGAAAAUCGAUGAGUUCUGAUGAGGUGCCCAUUGACACUGGAAUUGUACAUCUUGGACAUGAGGGCAAACAAGAGAUGCCCAUUUCUAAAACCUAUAUAAACUAACCCCUGGCUCAGCUUGG